GACCUGUGAUUAACUGAUUAUGCUAUACAUGUCUUUUGCAUCUCUAUUGAUAAUGGUUUUUACUUUGGUAGUUGAUUCCGGAUGAUAUGGAGUUUCAAUCUGGAGAUAUUCCCAAUUAUACUACUUCAGAUGGAUCGGUUAAGAUUCAAAAGGAUACUGAAGUCCGCCUGAAGAUAAUUGGAACUCGAGUAGAUGCCACAGAAAUUGCAUUGAUCAAAAAGACCAAUCUUAACCCAAGAAAGAUUUGGCCUCACCAAAGCCAUGGCCGUCAGGCAUUCCGGAUCUAACAAAUCAUGGCGUCAAUCUUCAUCAUCUUCUUUCCUUCAUUGCUGCCGAACCCCUCUCAUGGCCGUCGGACCACUUGCAGGCCAAAGCCUUAGAAGUUGUUCAGUACAUUAAAGAUUCUUAUCAUGAUGGAAAAUGUGAAGUAGCUGCUGUUGAGGAUGGAAAGUUGAUGGAUGAUGUUGAAACUGGAGAAUUUUGGAGUUUUUUUGGUGGCUUUGCCCCACUUCCUAGGAAAAUGGCCAAUAGUGAGGAUAAGACUGUUGAUUCAUAUCCUACCAAGCUACAAAGGGGCAGGCUGAACCAGUUGAAGUUGAUUCCUUGACAAGGGAGCUUUUGGACACAGACAAAUGCUAUAUACUGGAUUGUGGGAUAGAAGUCUUCGUCUGGAUGGGGAGAAAUACAUAUCUUGAAGAAAGAAAAAGGGUUAAUGUCAAGGGUCUUUUAAAAGCUGCUCCUGCAAAAGAAGAAGAGCCACAAUCAUAUAUUGAUUGCACCGGAAAUUUGCAGGCUUUCUCCUCCUUUUCUGACAUAAAUUACCACUAUUAAUUCAGGGACUUCUCCCACAUUGUUGUUGUCCACUACCUGGAAUUAACGGUUAGAGUUUAUGAUUUAUCCUAUCACUUCUUUUUUUUCCCUUUCCUGUCAGCCAUCUUCUGAAAUGAACUUAUGAAUUUUAUUUUAUACACUUUGCUUUUUACUUCCUAAGAAAAUCAUUUGGCUGAUGCAGUUUACAACCCAAAUUAAACUGAAAAUUUGUUGUUAUAUUUUUCUUAUGGGAAUUGACGUUGAUAUAUCACAUCAUUCUUUUACCUUUUCAUUUGAUAAGUCAUGUCAUUCUUUGAUAGGACUGUGCCAAUAUAUUUGAUUCAACCUCAAAAGAUUUUUUUGAGGAUGUUGCUGAAGGAUUAGAAAAACAGGGAAUGGCGUGGCUGGAAUUGUCCUUCCUGAACAGGAAGAGAAAGUGAU